AUGGCCGGCCACCCCGUCGAUGCCCUGCAAUGCUUCACCUUUCUCAUAGACAACGUGCCCUGCUGGAUCUCGCGAGUCACCGAGCUCGCUGCUCACACGUCGAGGAAGCACGCCGAGUUCUCCGAGGAAUUCCACCGACUCGCGCGCUCCCAACCACAACAAUCACCACGCCGGCGGGAAAACAGUAGUAGCAGUUCGGUGCACACCAAGCCCGCGCCCUCGAAACAGUCCGGCGACGAGGUCCGCCCUAUCCGCCCAUUGGUCAUCUACUAUGACAGCCAUACCCAGGCUCAGCUAGAGCAGACCGUGCGGGACAUCGGGGCUGCGCGCAACAGCCUUCGCAAGGGCAAAAUGUCGCAGACGACGCGCAUUGCCAGCCUCUCGCUCGACAUGUUCACCACCAGCCAGUCACGGGACUCACCCCACCCCAUGGUGGAAAGCUACCGGCGAACACGCCCUGUCGAGACGGAUCAGAAGGAGACGGCAACCUUCGAAUUUGCCGAGAAACAGCUGGAAAUCGCACAAAGCCUGUCUGAAUUUGCCGCCCAUCAAUUCCUGCGAUGCGGAGACUGCCGCGAGGAACUCGAGGAGAUCAUUGCCAAGUUCAGCACUGUGCUGGAAAUGGCGGGCAACGAAGCCUCACGGUUGCGCGCAGAGAGAGAAGAGAGACAACGGACAGACGGAAGCCUAUCGUUGAAGGAGCACAUUGCCGCGUCCUCUCUCCAAGUGAGCGAUUUGUUCAACGACGACAAGGCGUUUGAGCCCGGCAUUGCAGCUAUUGAAGUCGACGACGCAGCGUCGGCCUCUUCCAUAUCUAUUGACAUUGCAGCAUUCCGCUCUAAUCGGUUUCGCGGAUAG